UCUUGCAACCAUGAGGUGGGCCACUCACAGAGGUGGUGGCUCCUUCCUGGAGCUUCCGGAUUAAUGAGUCCUGGGCAGUCUGUGUCAGGACUCUUUGUGACAGCAAGUCAGUGGGUUCUGUGGCUGGAAGUCCAGAGUCCUCACUGACACGAGUGGAGUCAACAAGGGAGUUUGAGGAGGGGCGUGUGAGGCGGGAGGAGAGGCACGAGACUGCGUGUUGCCCCCUUCAUGGUACCUUCCGUUCACGGAGGCCCCUGCCCAGCGGGGAUCUAACCUCACACAGUGACUGGUUAGCUCACGGAGCAUCUGAAAGUUAGGUCGCAAUGAUGUCAGUUUAGAGCUCAGAGGUCGGGAAACCGAGGUAUGGGGUGGGGUGGACUGAAGGAGCCUCUCCUGGAGCCCGGAAGGGACAGCUGGGGCAGAAGCCAGACCGUCUGCAGCCCGGUCCCGCGAGUCGCACACUAACUUUUCGGCGGUCUGGAGACAGCCUGAAGCAUAAGUCCUGCGGGCUGUCCCAGGCUGCAUAGAUGAAGGUGGACAGGCUUCCUGGAAUCUGGCAAAGUGCGGGUCGAUCCCGCGCGAUGUUGGACUGAAUGACCCAGAGGGAGGCUGAAGAGUGGGGGUGUGGGCACCAGUCAGCUCCCAGGAAGCCUGGCUCUGCGGGGGUGGGGGGGUGGGGGGUGAUAAUGGUUUGGGGGUGGAUUCUGGGACACAGAGGAAAGCAGACAGUCCCUUUCCGCGGAGCCCCGGAUGGCGCCGGGUGGGCUCUGUCACCCAGGAGAGAAGGCAGAGAAUUGAAGGCAUGGGGCUGCGGGUUUGGGGAUGGGCAGAGACAGCUUCCGCCUGCGCCCCGUCUCCUCCCCAAGGUUGAGAUCCAGUUCCUGAGUAUGGGAGCGGGCAGUCGGGCUGAGUGCAGCGGACGGCGGGGUUGCCCCGGGUGCUGGGCCCCGUUUGAGAUCGCAGCUCAGGACACUGCCGUUUGGGGGGUUUCUCCAGCCUCGGUCCUCCGCCCCGGUGGGGUGCGGAAGGGGACGCAGAACCAGCCCCUGGGCGCGGCGGCUACGGGACCAGGCACCCAAGGUCUGCCGGGUGGGGGUGUCCUCGGGCCGCUGGGCCGGGGCCGGCGGGCAGUGGGGGCGGCCCUGCGUGCGCCUGCCAGCCUUGCGGGUCGGGGGCACGGGCUCGGGGCAGGGAGCUCCCGGUCGCCCCUCCCGCCGCCGCCGCCGCCAGGGAUUAGCCCGCUCCUGGCCGUGCGGCGGGAUUAGCCCGAGUGGACGCGGCGCCCAGCCCGGGGAUUACGGAGCGGACCCCACCCCCCCCUCGCCCCCCGACGGAUAUAUUCCCGCGGCGGCGGCGGCGGCGGCGGCGGCGGCGGGCGGGCGGCAUGGCGGCUGCGAGGGGCGCGCCGGGCCGCGGGGCACCCGGGCGGCCCUGCCCCUUCUCCAUCGAGCACAUUCUCUCCAGCCUGCCCGAUCGUAGCCCCCCGGCCCGGGCCGCCCGCCCGCCGCCGGUCCCUGACAGCGAGAGCCCCUCGGAGCUGGGGGAGCCCGGGGCGCCGGAGGCCGCGCGCUGCGCCUGCUGCUGUUGUUGCGGCCCCCGCGGGCCCCCGGAGACAGACGCGCGGCUGGGCGCGCGGCUGGCGUGGCCGCUGAGGCUGACACCCGCGGCGCCCUUGCCCUGGGCCGCGCCCCCCGGGGGCCCCGGGGCGCAGCCAGGCGCGGGUGUCCCGGGCCCGCCGCGGCGCACGCGGCGUCACCGCACCAUCUUUAGUGAGGAGCAGCUGCGGGCGCUGGAGGCCCUCUUUGUGCAAAACCAGUACCCCGACGUGGGCACGCGCGAGCGCCUGGCCGGCCGCAUCCGCCUGCGCGAGGAGCGCGUGGAGGUCUGGUUCAAGAACCGCCGGGCCAAGUGGCGACACCAGAAGCGCGCGUCGUCCUCCGCGCAGCUCCUAUCCGGACCCAAGAAGCCCCCGAAGGAGGGCUGCUGAGGGCGCCAGAGUUACCCCCGGCGUGGAGGCGUCCUCUGGGGCCGGCCCGGGGAGCGCACAGCCCGACCUUCAUAGGAAGGUGGGAGAGGACGCCAGCCUCCAACCCGGGGCCCCGGAGCUGACCGCGGGAGCCCCUCUGCGAGCGACUGCGGCCACCCGCCCUGCGGUGUGUCUUCCUCCAUCACAGCGGCCAGCCUCUGUCACCCUGCGGGGCCCAGCCAGUUCAACUGGGGAGGGCCCCCCACCCCCCUUGGAGAGUGUCUGCUCUGCCCUCUGCCAUCCUACCCCCAGGGUGAAGGACAGCGUGAAGACAAGGCUUCAGUCCCCAAGUUGGCACCUGACACCCACGCCAUCUGGCGUGGGGACUUUGUUCUGCCUCCUCAUGCGUCCUGGACGGAAUGGGGGUGGGCAGCAUCUGGCGGGAAACACAGUCCCUCAUGGAAGGUCUAGAAGCCAGGGCUGCGGCUCCCAGGACCCUCCAGGGCAGCUGUCUCGGGCAGGCCACCCGCAGCUGCCGGGAACACAGCUGUCCUUGAGGCUGAGCCCACGCUCUCCCGCUCAUCUCCAUCCGCGCCCUGGUCUGUCUCUUCCACCCUCAGCCUCCAGUCCCAGCUCCAUCCCACGGUUACACCCGCCCCCAGGCCUCUCCCCUGUGCUGGGUAGCUGUCCCUUUGACAGCUCCAUUUGGAAGCCCAGGGCUUCUCUAGUCACUCUGUCCCCAGCAGCUCUUGCCAGGCAUCCCAGGCACGUGAGCCAGAGAGCUAGCAGCAUGCACCCUGCCUCCUCCUCUCUCUCACUCACGAAGCCCAGGCCAAGGCGAUGACUCCCCAAACAAUCCCAGAAUCUGCCUUCUCCCUAGCCUCGACUGCACCAAUCAUGAGAACUGCCGUCCCCUCUCGACUUGGCCAUUGCAGUUGCCUCCAGUUGGUCCACAUGCACCCACUCUGAUUCCUCUAUGACUCAUUCUCAUAAAACCCGGGAUGCAAGUCCAAACCUGCCUCUCCCCUGCCUACAGCACUCCCAGGGCUCCCACAGCUCGCAGAACAAAGACAAAACUCCUCGCUGUGACCCACAACCCGUAACCCACAAGGUCCGUGCAGCCUGGCCCUCCGCUGUGGGCUCCCACCUCGCUGUUCCUUGCACUCUGUGUCUCCUCCCAUUGGUCCUUUGCACACGCUCUCCCCUUCCAUGUGGUCGUCAAUGCCUGUUUGUCCUUUGGGUCUGCAACCACUCCCUUCCAGGGGAAGGUCUCCCGUGUGCCCCCUAGGUAGAAGCCCCUUAGGUAGAUGCCCCUGGGUAAGAUGCCCCCUGGGUAAGAUGCCCCCUGGGUGGGAUUCGUUUUCCUCGAACCUGCCCGCUGUUUGUUUGUGGGGCGGUCUUUUGCAUCUCAUGCUCAGCUCCAACAAGGGCAGGAACCAUAUGGUGGAUUUCCUACUGAACUGUACUGAAUCCUUCUUGGGGCAGAACUUGCUUGACAUAAUGUACAACCUCCUUUCGGAAAGAAAUGAUCGUUCCUGGAAAAUGCUCAGACAAUUUUCUUGUCCAUUUCAUUAAGGAUCAGCUUUCUGGGAAGCCAAUUCGGGCACUUAGGGACCAGACAUUUCUUUUCUUGCCUAAACUUUGA